CCGAGAACAGAGGAGCACCGGCGGCGGACACGAGCCUUUCCCAGACAUCUCUUCCAGCUUGUCGCCUUCGCGACUGUCCCGUCGGCUUUCACCGGAGCUGUCAUUGGUCAGGAAGAUGGAUCCAAAGGACAGCAAGCGGAGUGCGCCCUGCAGCCGAGUUGAUGUACACAACCCACACCUGGAUACACUGAAGGACGACAUACUUUACCACUUCAGCCUCGGAACAAAAACCCACGACCUCCCCGCCAUGUUCGGCGAUGUCAAAUUUGUGUGUUGCGGGGGCAGCCCGUGGAGGAUGAAAGCUUUCACCGAGUACAUCGCUGCUGAGCUCGCCAUGGAAGACCCCAAAUCAGAGUAUCCAAACAUCUGUGCCGGGACAGACCGUUACGCCAUGUACAAAGUUGGCCCUGUGCUCUCCGUUAGCCAUGGAAUGGGAAUCCCGUCGAUUGCCAUAAUGCUACAUGAGCUAAUCAAGCUCUUGCAUCACGCAGGUUGCACAAACGUUACCAUCAUUCGCAUUGGGACGUCAGGGGGAAUCGGACUUGAGCCUGGCUCUGUCGUUGUUACGAAGCAGUCUGUGGACGCCACUUUCCUGCCCAAGUUCGAGCAGGUGAUCCUGGGCAAGACGGUAGUGCGCAACACCGAUCUGGAUGAAACGCUGGCUGAGGAGUUGUUGGAAUGCAGCAAUGAGCUCAGCCAGUUUCACACAGUGGUUGGCAACACCAUGUGUACCCUGGACUUCUAUGAAGGGCAGGCCCGCUUGGAUGGCGCUUUCUGCUCCUACACCGAGAAAGAUAAACAGGACUACCUCAAUAAAGCCCGUGAAGCCGGAGUCUACAAUAUUGAAAUGGAAUCAUCAGCCUUUGCUGCCAUGUGUAAACUCAGUGGUUUGCGAGCCGCUGUGGUCUGUGUGACGUUACUGGAUCGCCUGAAGGGGGAUCAGCUGAGCAGCUCUCAUGACGUUCUCCACAACUACCAGCAGCGGCCUCAGAUCCUCGUUGGCUACUACAUCAAAAAGCAGCUGAAUCCCAAAGCAAAAUGUUGCUGAUCGCACUGGUCAUCACAUCAGCAUCAGGCAUUUUCUCUUCAAAACUAUGAAAUAGGAAAUAUCUGAUGAACUGCUACAUUCCUUAUUAUUCUUUGGUAGCCAUAAUUUUUUAAUAUUUCUGCAGUUGAGAACUUUUUUACAAUUAUACUCUGUUUUGUUGCUUUUCCAGUAGUUGACAGAUUUCACAGGAAGGAUAAAUGAGCACAUAUUUCAUUUUUGUUUUCUUUUGUAUUCAUCAAUUUAACUAAGUGUUAAAUGUGAUGUAGCAGCCCAUCAUAUUUCAGGUAAUCUGUGUUUUGUGUAACACAUGAGAUUUCUUGAGUCUGAGUAUUAUGCAGGUGCUGCGACAAAGUUCUCGUUACUUCACUGAAAUGGUUCUUGUUUCAUUGAUGAUUGCAAAUGACUGAUUGAAUUGUGUUUUGUUGGUCUGGUUUAUUGUAGUUAUUUAUCUUAUUUACAUUUCAGAAUGUAAACGGUAUUGUUUUUAAGUUGGGUUUUGUCCUAUUUCAACAUUUUAUUUAGAGAAUAAAACUAACUUAUUGAAACACAUUAGGUUGAGAAUGAAUUGCACUACUUGAAUAAAGAUAAUAUAUU